AUGGGCGUCCUUGUAACAAUGGCAAGAUUUUUGGAUACAUUUAUAGGGCCAGGAGCGAUGCUUCUUUACCCUUUAUACGCAUCAAUGAGGGCGAUUGAGAGUCCUUCAACCUUAGAUGAUCAACAGUGGCUAACAUAUUGGGUUUUACACUCCUUCGUGACCCUCUUUGAGCUUUCAUGUUAUAAGAUCCUAGAAUGGUUUCCCAUUUGGCCAUACCUAAAGCUUGUGUUUUGCCUCUGGCUGGUAUUGCCAAUGUUCAAUGGAGCUGCUUACAUAUAUGAGAACCAUGUGAGGCAAUAUGUCAAGAAUAUAGGAAGCUAUGGAAGUUCCAAUUAUCCUGAAGAGCAAAAGAAAGUGCUUCAGAUGAUGAGCUUUGAUGCAAGGAAAGCUGUUGAACGCUAUAUAGAUAGUUAUGGCCCUGAUGCCUUUGAGAGAGUAAUCAGAGCAGCUGAUAAAGAAGCAAGGAAGCACUGA